ACGUGUACUUCCCCACUUUUGUCAAUUGGAUCCGCAUACACAUCGCCGCCUUCAGUCUCGGCUGUAUUGAAUCAAAGGACUUUUAAUAAUAUUGUCAUUCCCUUUCGAAUUCACCCGUUGGUCGGGAAGCGUGGAGCUGCGGCUGGUCUUAUACACCCCACUAUAUGUCCCAAAGAGCAACAAAUACAGCGCUACGAGAUCGUUCAGCUCUCCUGGGUGUGACACCUCCAGAUUCAGGACGCUCGUCACCGUAUAACAGCCCGAACCUAGAACCCUCUGGCCACCGCUACGUGGAUGACUUGGAAGGUCAGAAUGACGAGGCGUUGGAAGGCCUGGCAGCCAAGGUGAAGCUGCUCAAGGAUAUCACAGUUGGGAUUGGAAACGAGGUCCGAGAAUCGACUGUGCAACUUAGUCAGAUGAAUGAUGCAUUCGCGGAAACCUCGGGCAUCCUAGCUGGCACGUUCCGUCGGAUGAACAACAUGGCACAGCGGCAGGGUUGUCGAUGGCUAUGGUACAUCCUAUUUCUCGUACUUUGUGUUCUGGUUCUUCAUCAUUGUAUGGUGGUUUCGGCGAUGACAAGAACCCACUACGGAUAUUUAUCGAUAUCUUUGGAUCAAUUGCUUCCUCAGUGCACCUCUCUCGUCAUUCAAGUCACACCAUUUCCGUAUCCACAGUAAAUGCUAAUACAGAGUAUCAUAAAACCAUGUAAAAAGAGCAAUGCGUGGAGACCCAUUGUCAUGGGCCAUCCAGGAACUUGGCAUGGCCAAUUUCCCAAAUCAUCCGCCGUCGCAAGUACGCCAUGUCCCGCUGCGAGAAAUGGAAUUCUUCCUCCCCUCUAGACAAGGAUUCCAAGAAC